AUGAGUGGAUUACAAAACUCUAAGACCACCAUAGAGGGCCCAGUUUUGGUCACAGGUGCUACAGGCUAUGUUGCGGGAUGGAUAGUCAAGGAAUUACUAGAAGCUGGCGUUACUGUACAUGCAGCCGUUCGAGAUGCUUCUAACAAAGAGAAGCUUCGCCAUCUUGAUGAGUUGAGCGAUAAAUACAAUGGUCAAUUGAAGUAUUUUGAAGCCGACUUGUUGAAAAAUGGCUCUUUUGCGGAAGCGAUGAAAGGCUGCAAAAUUGUCUUUCACACCGCUUCUCCCUUUACCUCCAACUUCAAGGACCCACAAAAGGAUCUCGUUGACCCUGCUAAGAAAGGUACCCAGAACGUAUUGGAAACAGCGAACGAAACAGAAGCGGUGACCAAAGUUGUAUUGACAAGUAGCGUUGUUGCUAUGUACGGUGAUAAUAAGGACUUGGCAUCACUUCCCAAUGGAACCAUGGACGAAUCUGUUUGGAAUACAACUUCCACCUUACAAACUAAUCCCUACGCCUACUCCAAAACUGUGGCAGAGAAAUUGGCAUGGGAGAUCUACGAGAAGCAAAGCCAAUGGGAGCUCGUUGUGCUCAACCCAGCUCUUGUCAUGGGACCAGGUUUGAACUCCAACGCUACUUCUGAAAGCUACCAGUACAUCAAGUCGUACGGAAAUGGACUGAUGAAAACAGGAGUUCCAAAGAUAGGCUUGGGAAUAGUAGAUGUGAGAGAUGUUGCCGUAGCCCAUGUCAAAGCUGCCUCAGUUCCUUCUGCACGAGGUCGCUACAUUAUUAGUGGCCACAAUACCACUCUCUUGGAAAUUGGAAAGCUGUUGGCUCCAGAAUACAAAGCUUAUCCUCUUCCCACGAGAGAAUUGCCCAAAUUCAUGGUAUGGUUAGUUGGUCCUUUUUUCGACAAAACUUUGACAAGAAGGUUUGUUACUGCGAAUGCUAACUAUCUCUGGAAGGCAGACAACUCAAAAAGUAUCAAAGAGUUGGGCGUCAACUACAGACCACUCAAAACCACAGUGUGUGAAUUCUUCCAGCACUUGAUAGACGAAAAGCUGUUACCUGUGAAAUAA